UAAACGUUUGAACCAACCAGCUUGGUGUGCGUGAGUGUUGAGGACUCAUAAAACGGGCUAAACAUUAGAUAGACAGACAGAUUGAUAUACUUUAUUGAUCCCAGGCUGGGAAACUACAGUGCAGCAGCAGCAAUACACACAAUAAGCAUUACAUUGGAGAUACAGUGAGUUUAACUGGGGAAAAAUAAUUAGCAAAACAAAACAGAGUAUUUUGCAUGUUGCAGGUCAUUUCACAAAACGAUUCUUCAUGAAGGAGGAACAGCACGACAACAUUAACAUGACUCUUGUAUUCGUUUGUUAUUGGGACAACAUUAAUAUCCGCUUUGACGCACCAAACAUGUACCACGUGACGCUGUUGACGAAGACACCGCCUCCGUCACAUGAACGCGCUUUAAGCUGAAUUAGAAAAUCCUGGGUUAACAAAGCUCGCUGUUAUCCAGCUUCAUGACGCCGGUUGUCCCGUCCCGGUUUCCGUCGCGCACACGGCGAUUGGUGAUCUGAAGCGUGCCGUAACGGACCGUCGCGUCGAUGAAGCUCGGGUUUACGCCGUCUCACGAGGGUUACGAGGGUUACGAUUUGAUUACUAAAGCUGGCAUUGAAACAUCUCGGAUAACUGCGCGCUCCCGCUUCGACAUCAAGGGGAGAGUAAUCGCACUCCGAAACCCAGAUCACAGUCCAUGAAUACCGACCCAGACUUCCAGAUGAUGAGGAAAAAUGAGAGGGCUCACUUUUUCAGCCCCAAAGAGCAGGAGCUCAUUUUGAAGUUGUAUGAGGAGGAGAGAGAGAUUCUGACAGCCAAAUCCAACACCACCAGCGCCUCCAAACUGAGAGAGGAAGCCUGGCAGAGGAUUGCAGAUAAAAUCAAUGCGGUAUCAGACAGCGGCUACAAAAGGACAUGGCAGCAAGUGAAAGUCAAACACAAAAAUAUUGUGCAAACAGCGAAAAGAAGAAGGGCCGAGGUGAUGAGGAACGAGGGCGGCUCAGCAACCCCAUCGCUGACCUCUGCAGAGGAGGAUGUGCUGCAGCACAAAGACAACAGGCUGAGGGUGGAGGUCCUGCCUGGAGGUGCCUGCAUUGAGCCGCUGACUGGACCUGACAGCUCUUUCAUUAGCGUCUCAGGUCAUCCCGUCCUCCUCCUGCCGGUGGCAAAGACCGAGCCGGAGAGCCUGAGCAGCGACGAGACAGACGUCAGUGACUCUCAUGUUGAAGGGGAUGUGCACAGCAGCAGCUUUCAGGAGACUGCAAACUCAGCCUGUGUUACACCUGGAGCCAGAAGUGCAGAGAGGCAGACAGAAGACAUCCGAGCGCUUUACUGCAGCUACCUCAGAAAGGAGAUUGAGAACCGUGACCAGCAGAUGGCGCUCAGAGCUCUGAAAAUGAAGAAGUUAGAGAAAGAAAUCUUAUUACUUGAUAAACAGCUAAUGUGACCUUAUAACGAAAUGCUAAAGUUUUAAAUAAUAUCUGAUUUAUUUAUUGUCAUAUAAUUGUAAUACUUCACUUCAGACACAUCGUUCAGUCACAUAAACUGCAGCACACCUGGAGUGUGUGUGGGUUUACUGCCGGGUCUCUCGCCGUUCUGCCAUCAGACCUUUUCUAGGUGUGCAGCUCGAUGACCCUGCAUACGCUAACCCUCCCCUCCCCUGUAGUUGCCGGAGGUCAUUUCAGUCCCCUGUCAACAACAGCUGGUCCAAAGUGGGCUGGAGGCCCACAGACGACCAGGAUGGAGGGCCUGUAUGAGGAGCCCUCAGGAGGUUCCUUCAUCACGAGCUGCAGUGAACUGGCUGUGACGUCUCUGUAUGCCAACACUCUGGACUUGAAGUGAGUGAAUGGAACAGUUGAUGUUUUCGGUUUCAGGUCUCUUUAAACCACAUCAGAUGAGUAAUGUGGGACACACUCGUUUAAAUUAUUAUUUAACUCUGAUCAGAGAGGAAAGAAACUUUAAAAUCUAUUUUGUAUUUUUCCGUUUGAUGUAGUGCAGUUGUUAUUGUUUAUGGCGUGUUUUUCAUUGUUGUCUUUUAUUUAUUUUUGCUUCAGAUUCAGUAGAUGUAGGCUACACGAUCGUUUGUGCGAUGUAAAACAAGAUGAUGAAAAGCUCUUGGAAACAAUAAAAAAGUCCCCAACAUUAAA